CUGUCUGUGUGUCUACCAAUUUCAAAAAUGGAGGAUAUAUUUUUAACAGUCGCGGAGCAUAAAUUACUUCGAAAACAUCAAAAGAGUUUAGAAGCCCGGUAUAAUGUAAAAUUAAAUAUGCCAAAAGUAGAUGAAAGUACUGCGAACUACAGCUGUGACGUAAUAUUUGCAUCUAUAUGUGGUAAUAAAGAAAAUAUAGAAUGCGUUAAGAAAUUUUUGCAAAGAAAAAAGGCAGAGAAAAUACCAAAAUAUGAAGAGAGCAAUUCUGAACGUACAACUGUUCCUGUCAUCACAUUAUCUGAUAGCUCUGAUGAUGAUGAUGAAGAUGCAAGUGUUCUUAUUGAAACUUCGAAUAAAGAAAAUUUCAAAAAAAGAAAGAAACCUGAAGAGGAAGUACUUACAGUGAUUGACAUAACUUCUCCAGCAGUAAAAGAUAUUAAAUAUGAAAAAUGUACUGAAAACGCUGCUAAAAGAAGGAGGAAAGAAAGGCUUGCAGUGCCGUGUGCUAAUUUUAUACCUAUAAAAAAUCAAGGUGGACGUAAACAGAGACGGAAGAAUCAGGCUUUUAAAAAGAGAAAGAAAGAAGUUGCUGUGCCAGUUGGGGAUUUUAUACCUUUGACAAAUCCAGAUGAAAAUGAACAGAAACGAGAAAACCAAGACAGUAUACAAAAUGGUACAUCUACUGAUCUAGAAGUUGUGGCCCUUGAUGAAACACCUGUCCCAUCUCCCAUUCCGAUGGGUCCAAGACUGCUGAGGCCAGUUGUUAUUGAUGGGAGUAAUGUAGCCAGAGAGCAUGGGAAAACACACAAUACUUUCUCAUGUAAAGGCAUAAAAAUCUGCGUCGAUUAUUUCUUAAAUCGAGGCCAUUCUCAAGUAACAACAUUUGUCCCUCACUAUCGGCGGCAUUGCACUUCUGGGCCCAUCUCAACAACAGACCAGGAAAUACUUGAAGAACUCUACAGAACACAGCAUGUUGUGUACACUCCUUCCAGAAGAGUUCAAGGCAAGAGAAUGACAUGUUAUGAUGAUAGGUUUAUAGUUGAAUUGGCAACAAUGACAGGGGGUGUCAUUCUUUCAAAUGAUAAUUAUAAGGAUUUAAUUGGUGUGAGUGAUGCUUUUAAGAAAACCAUUGAAGAAAGAUUGCUCAUGUUUUGUUUUGUUGGCGAUAUUCUUAUGAUUCCAAAUGACCCACUAGGAAGGAAUGGACCAUGCUUAGAUGAUUUCCUUUCAUUUCCUGUGAAGGAGUAAAUAUGUUCGCAGAUUCAUUUGCUAUCUUUUAAUGUUUAAAUGUGUUAUGCAAGAUUUCUUUUUGAGAGGGUACAUUCCCAAACAUAAACAAACACUGUAUAAAUCAAAAGUGUCUUAUGGGAAUUUUGUUCAUCAGAAACAAUGUACAUGUUUUUUAUAGAAGAUAUUUUGUAAUUCAAUCUACUAUAGUUUGACAAAGUCACUGUAUACUAUUCCAUCAAUGUUUAUAACAAUAAAGUGAAUUUUCAGAGUUUGAA